CCUGCCUCACUUGUGAUUGGUAGAAAUAAUGCUGGAGCCUCCCCUUGUACUUGACUUGCAGUCAGAAAAAGGAAGGAGAGACACAGUCAGCUUACGCACGACUGUAUACAGCAAUGGACUUCAAACAUAGUCGUUCUGUGAAACUGAAUGAUGGGCAUUUCAUGCCAGUCCUUGGAUUUGGCACUUUUGCUCCUGACCAUGUUCCUAAGAGCAAGGCUGCUGAGGCCACAGAGAUGGCAAUUGAUGCAGGCUUCCGCCACAUUGACUCAGCAUACUGCUAUGAAAACGAGAAGGAGGUCGGCCAGGCCAUUCGAGACAAAAUCGCUGAUGGCACUGUGAAGAGGGAGGACAUCUUCUACACCACCAAGCUUUGGGCUACUUUCCUUCGACCAGAACUGGUUCGAUCAGCCUUGGAAAGAUCACUGAAGAAUCUUCAACUGGACUAUGUAGAUCUCUUCAUCAUUCAUAUUCCAGUAGCUCUGAAGCCUGGAGAGGAGCUUCUGCCAAAGGAUGCCAGUGGGAAAAUUAUUUUAGAUAGAGUGGACUUGCGUGACACGUGGGAGGCCCUGGAGAAGUGUAAGGAUGCAGGUUUAACCAAGUCCAUUGGGGUGUCCAAUUUCAAUCACAAACUGCUGGAGAUGAUCCUGAACAAGCCAGGGCUCAAGUACAAGCCUGUCUGCAACCAGGUGGAAUGUCACCCAUACCUCAAUCAGAACAAACUCCUGGAGUUCUGCAAGUCAAAGGACAUCGUUCUUGUAGCUUACAGUGUCCUUGGGUCUCAAAGAGACUGUAUCUGGGUGGAAAAGGAUAGCCCCAUUCUCUUGGAGGAUCCGAUCUUGAAUGCCAUUGCCAAGAAACACGGUAGAAAUCCAGGCCAAGUGGCCCUGCGCUACCAAGUGCAGAGAGGGAUGGUGGUCUUGGCCAAGAGCUUCAAUGAGAAGAGAAUCAAAGAGAACUUCCAGAUUUUUGACUUUGAACUGACUCCAGAAGACAUUAAAGCAAUUGACGGCCUCAACAGAAAUGUCCGAUAUAUUAAAUUCUUAUUUGGCGUUGAUCACCCUUAUUAUCCAUUUUCUGAAGAAUAUUGACCAUCAGCUACCCAUCAAGAGUUCUACCAGAAUCUCUUGCUUCUGUGGGUGUGGAGAAGAUUUCUGCACUAGGAGGAGGUGAUUAAAAGCAGUUCUGUAGAAUCAGGCUACUUGCCUGUCUUCUUUAAAACUUUAAAAAAAAUUUUGAAACAAUAAAAAAUUACAAAUAAGGAUGUGCAUUUUUCCUGAUAAUUGAAAUAAUACAUACAAAUUACAGACAAUUUGUACAAUAAAAGAGAAAGAAAAGAGAAUAAAGAUGACCUGUUCUUAGCCUAUUUAAAACUUUUGGAAAUUUGGGUGCAUUUUCCUUCAUGAUUUUCCUCUACAAAUGGUGAGUGUGUUUAUUUACUAA